AUGAAUGUUACCACAAGUUAGGAAGUGAGAUUUCAUCAUAUAUACCUUGAAGUUCCACUUCAGUUCAUUGCUUAUUUGCUCAAAGAUGGCUUCAACUGGAUCCACUAAAUCACAUGCAGUAUUCCUUCCAUUCCCAUCACAAGGCCAUAUUAACCCCAUGAUGCAACUGGCUAAGCUAUUGCACUCAAGAGGCUUCCAUAUAACCUUUGUCAACUCCGAGUACAACCAUAGGCGAUUCAUCCGGUCUAGAGGUGAAGAAGCCAUUAAGGGUCUGCCGGAUUUCCGGUUCGAAACCAUUCCCGAUGGGCUGCCACCUUCUGAUUCUGAUGCAACUCAGUCCAUUCCAGCAGUAUGCCAUUCACAAAGAACUUGUUUGGCUCCAUUCUUGGAACUACUAUCUAAGUUGAAUUCUUCACCCGAAUCGCCCCCCGUUACUUGCAUAGUUUAUGAUGGAAUCAUGAAUUUUGGAACCAAAGCUGCUCAAGUCAUUAGGGUGCCUUAUGUUGUACUCUGGACUUCUUCACCUGUUAGCCUUCUGGGAUAUCUUCAGUACAAAGAACUUAUUCAAAGAGGCAUCGUUCCAUUCAAAGAUGAAGACUACCUUAGCGAUGGAACACUUGAGAUGCCGAUUGAUAUCCCUGGUAUGCCUAUUAUGCGCCUCAAGGAUAUUCCAAGCUUUAUAAGAACGACCGAUCCCAACGACAUCAUGUUGAAUUUCAUCAUGGAAGCGUCACAAGAAUGCUUAAAAUCUUCAAUAAUCUUAAACACUUUCGAUGAGUUCGACAAAGAAGUGCUACGAGUUCUUGCAGACAAAUCCCCCAAUGUUUACGCAAUUGGUCCGCUUGCCUCUCUCAGUAGGAACAUUAACACACCCGGAAUCCAACACGACCGAUUAUAUUCAAGCCUAUGGAAGGAAGACACAAGCUGCAUCGAAUGGCUUAACACGAAGGAACCCAACUCAGUGGUGUAUGUGAAUUAUGGGAGUAUAACAGUGAUGUCAAAUCAUCAUCUAAAAGAAUUUGCUUGGGGACUCGCAAACAGCAAGUAUCCGUUUCUAUGGAUAGUUAGACCCGACGUCGUAAUCGGUGAGUCGGCUGUUUUACCGGAAGAAUUCACGGAGGAAAUCAAGGGAAGGGGCUUCAUCACAAGCUGGUGUCCCCAACAGCAAGUGCUGUCCCACCCAGCGAUUGGUCUUUUCUUGACACAUUGCGGAUGGAAUUCUUUGUUGGAAGCUGUUACCGAAGGUGUGCCUUUAAUUUGCUGGCCUUUCUUCGCUGAUCAACAGACGAAUUGUCGAUAUUCGUGUACCACGUGGGGUAUUGCCAUGGAAAUCAACCCUGACGUAAAGCGUAACGAUGUGGAGACACUUGUUAGGGAGAUGAUGGAAGGUGAUAAUGGGAAAAUGAAAAGGAAAAAGGCCAUGAAAUGGAAGACUAAAGCUGAAGCUGCCGUAAGUACUGGAGGAUAUUCCCUUAUCAACUUUGAUCGAAUGAUCAAGGAGACCCUACGUCACGGUUGAUUCGAUCAAGGAGACCCAACUCACGGUUGAGCAGCAAGGUUCGACUACGUUUUCUGAACUUUGAAGUAAAUACUUUAUUAGAGAUUUAUUUAAUGUAUUUAUUAUAAGGGGUAAACUAUACCAUUCAUCACUCAAUUUUAC